AUGAAGUAUCGCACGGCUUUGUUUAUAUAUGGCGACGAGAAAAGCGUUUUUGAUGGAAUUGGCGCCCAGGACGUGUUGACAGUUCCGGCUUCUAAAAGUUCCCCGCUUGCCCGCGAAGAUCGCAUUGAAAUCGCCUUUUCUGAGUUAAAAAGCGAGUACAAGACAAUUUUGGAGAAACUGCGUUUGCUGAACGUGCAAUUGAACAAGAAUCGCUCAAUCAAACCAAAACAGACCAUCUUCACGAGUCACGAGAGUCAGCCGGCCGGAGUGCGCAUAGACGUGGCUCCACAGAGCGCGCGAAACAUGGAUCACUACAAACAGCUUUCCGAUCUCGCCGUGCAGAUGAUCUCCAAGCUGAUCCACGUUGAAACAGAAUGCAAGCCGUGGUUUUUCGAAGAGUGGUACAGAGGAUACAUCUACGAAGAGCCCCAGAUUGACGUCGCUUUCCUACAGAUCUGGAAAAGUCUCAUUGGCGGCGAUAUACCGGUGACCACCAAGGAUCUGAGCCAGGCGGCUUCAUUUGAGCUUGUUUUGGACUCGGAUAAGCUCAAGCUGUUGCUUUAUUGGCCGCUCGUUGAUGAGCCAGUUGUUUUCAACCGUUCUUCUUCCCACGAGGUCGGGGUCUUUUAUCUGGACUCGUUACCGGGAGACACCGAUCUGAGUGUGAAUGGGGUGCGGGUUCGCGGAGAUUCGAAGCUUGUGCCGACAUCAAUGUACCUGAACCUGUUUGACUCUCAAAUCCCAGACAUCUAUGCAAAUCACACGUUUGUACAGCCCACGGGACUGCAUCCGACAUACAAAGUGAGCUUAUCAAAAAAUGCCGAGCCCCCCCACCCAAGUUGCCGAUUGAUGUUUGACCUUGAUGUUCCGUCCACGUUCAUUGCGGACGAGUUCCAAUUGGAGUGGUCCAAGAAGUACUUCCGUAAUGUGGUGCUGUACGGCCACAGCGACCUGGAACUGCCAAGCUACAAAGUUACCGAAAGUUGCUCUUUGCGGCUGGAAUUACAGCCGGAUAUUGUGGAGUUUGAAAUCCCGCUGCAUUUGCGUUACGGUGAACCAAAAGGUGGUUCACAGGAGAUUGGGAUUUCUACGGGAGACCUUUAUUGGGACUGCGAAACAGAUUCGGACACAAGAUUGCUCAUUCAGAACAGCUUCAUGUACGAAAACAGAAUAGCCGAACAGACACAUUCCCAGCUCUAUCACAUUGGAAGCACAGGUGCCAAUCAUUUGGUUGCAAAACUUGCAGUGGCCGACCUAGCCGACAGCUCUUUUGUGGAGUCAUGGACUCUGCUUUUGGUAACCAUUUGUGCCCUUUUGAUUGGAAAAGCAGCAUGGAAACUGUGA